AUGUAUCGGUGUGUUCGCGUGGCUGAACCCGAUAGCUACUUCCAAUGUAUUCUUUGGCGUGACUCACUGGACCAGGAGGUGCAGGUAUUCAAGCUGGAUACCGUGACUUAUGGAACCAAGCCUGCAGCCUUUUUAUCCCUUCGAACGAUGCAUCAAUUGGCGAGUGAUGAGAAGAGUUCAUUUCCAAUCGGCUCCAAAACCAUCUUGCGAGACUUCUACGUUGACGAUUUGAUCACAGGAGGAAAAUCAGCACAGGAGGUCCUCGAAGUCAUGUCUCAAACCACCAACUUGCUGUCACGAGGUGGUUUCAAACUCCGGAAAUGGUGUUCCAACGACCGCGAUGUCCUUGAUCAGAUUGCUGACUCGGAAAAGGAAACAUUCCUGAAGUUCGACGAUGGCAGCGACUUUACCAAGGCACUGGGUCUUGCUUGGGACCCUGCAGCGGAUGUGUUUCGUUUCUCUUUUUCUCCCAUACAGGUCUCUCCAAAGCCUUGUAAACGACUGGUGCUGUCCACAAUUGCUCGGAUUUACGAUCCUCUUGGUCUCAUUGGUCCUGUAGUUGCCAAGGCCAAAAUCUUCCAGCAACAAGUCUGGAGAGAAAAGUUGGAGUGGGAUGAGAGCUUUCCUGAGGCACUCAACUCAUCGUGGCUGAAGUUGUCAUCCGACAUGAGUCGUACCCAGCAAAUGAAGUUUCCUCGACGUGCGCUGCAUCCAAAUGGUGCUAUUGAGAUUCACGGAUUCUGUGACGCCAGCAUCGACGCCUACGGUGGAUGCAUUUAUCUCGUUUCAAUAGCUGAGGGCAAGCGAGAAGUGCAUCUGUUUUGUUCAAAGUCUCGUGUAGCACCUUUGAAGACUCUCACAGUUCCUAAAUUGGAGCUGUGCGCUGCCGUGUUACUGGCCCAGCUGAUGCGGGACGUACGCAACAUGGAUCUCUUCGAUUGCCCGUUUUAUUGCUGGUCGGAUUCCGCUGUAGCUUUAUCAUGGAUAAGCGAUGAACCUUCACGUUUCCAAAUAUUUAUUGCUAAUCGAAUUUCUUUAAUUCAAGAGCUAUCCAGUGGCAUGAAUUGGCGCUAUGUACCGACUGACUGCAAUCCAGCCGACAUCUUGUCAAGAGGUGCUUCCCCGACUGAGCUUCUGGAAUCUGCCCUUUGGUUCAGAGGCCCAGCGUUUCUUCUCAAGAAUCAGCACGAUUGGCCUGAAUCUUGUUUGCCUGUGAAGACUCUGCCCGAGCUCAGAAAGCGCAUUUUGGUUGGCGUCGCUACCGAAUUGGAUCUGACUUUAAAAUGCAAGUUUUUGAAUUCCUGGCAAAAGAUGACCCACACCUUUGGAUAUGUAUACAAAUUUGCACACCGUAUAAGACGUCCUGGUCUUGCCGUCGAAGAUGUCAAAAUGGGCACUCAGAUGCUCAUCAGAUGUAUCCAGAUAAGCAACCUGGCUGAUGACUACUGGAGAGUGCAUUCUAAGCAGCAAAUUUCAUCAUCCAGCCCGUUGUCCUCUCUUUUGCCAUUCAUCGAUAGCUUCGGUCUGAUGCGAGUUGGUGGCCGUCUACAGAAUUCGUCCUUGGAUUACAAUGCGCAGCAUCCUGUCAUACUGCCACGCAAGCAUCCAGUUACACGUGCCAUUAUACUGGACUUGCAUCGGAGGAACUUGCAUUCUGGUCCACGAGCUCUGCUCGCUCACAUGCGCCUUCAGUUUUGGCCGAUAGGUGGCCGGAAAACAGUGUCAGCUGCAACUUCAAAAUGCGUCAUAUGCUUUCGUGCCAAGCCACAGCUUUCUCAACACAUAAUGGCUGACUUGCCCAAGGAUCGCGUAAACGCUACGUCUACGUUCAUGGUUAUUGGUCUGGACUUCUGCGGUCCAUUUUAUUACAAAACCGGAGUUCGAAGCAAGGUGCCUGUGAAAACAUACGUCUGCGUCUUCAUCUGUUUCGCGACGAAAGCGAUCCAUCUGGAGCUUGUCCAGGAUCUUUCGACACAAGCAUUUUUGGGAGCACUGAAGCGGUUUAUUCUUACCAGAGGCAAACCUGUCCGAAUAUGGUCGGAUAAUGCCACGAACUUCGUUGGAGCCAAGAACGAGCUAGCUGAGCUGAAGAAUCUGUUCUUAUCGAGCCCCCACAUUCGAGCGAUUGAAGAAUUCUGCCUGGAAGAUUCGAUUGAGUGGCGUUUUAUUCCCCCUCGUUCACCUCACUUUGGAGGUCUCUGGGAGGCUGCAGUAAAAACGGCCAAAUUUCAUUUCUACCGUUCUGUUGGCCCAUCGUUAUUAUCGUUCGAUGCAUUGCGUACUCUCGUUUGCCACAUUGCGGCGAUUGUAAACUCACGACCUUUACUUCCUCUUUCAGAGAAUCCGGCAGAUCUUGAGGCGCUAACUCCUGCACACUUUCUUGGCACAGUUCCUCUGGUGUUGUACUCAGAGCCUGACGUCACAAAGCUGAACUUCAACCGCUUGGACCGCUGGCAGAGAAUUUCCUACUUCCAACAAAUUUUCUGGUCACGGUGGCGUGAAGAGUACUUGACCCUGUUACAGCAACGGUCAAAGUGGCGCACUCCCAAACCUGCGCUGCAAAUCAACGAUGUCGUCUUGGUCCAGAAUGAGAAUUUGCCUCCGCUUAAGUGGCCAUUAGCCAGAGUCAUGGAAUUGGUGCCUGGAUCCGAUGGAGUUGCUCGGGUGGCAGUGAUACGAACUUCAACUGGAGUCACUCGAAGAGCUGUCCGCAAACUGUGCGUGCUGCCGAAGCAGGAUCUGGUUGAAAGCCUUGGUCUUCCAACGGAGGGAGAAUGUUCGGUCAUGCCGCAAACUAAAUAA